AUGACGUCCUCCGCCGCUGUGGAGCGGCUACGUGGGCUGGGCCCAGGACCGGGCGCGGGGGUUUCGGCCCUCGGCGCAGCCGCCCUCGCCGAGUGCUGCGCGGGCCUCCUCCGCCCCGGCGGCGGUGGCGGCGACGCCGAGGCCGCGCGCUUGGCGCUCGACGCGCUGUGCGCCGCCGGAGGGGAGGCGGUGCGGCCACACGCGGACGAGCUCACGCCGCUCGUCGUCGGGCGGCUCGGGGACGGCGACGCGGCCGUGCGGGAGGCCGCCAGGAGGUUCCUCGUGCUGCUCAUGGAGAUGAAGGAGAUGAAUGCAAGAUUGGAAAACGUACAAACAGGUUCAAGCAUAUCAGAUGUCCAUCACAACAUUUGUAGGACAACAGAAACUGAAUCUUCUGGUACCAAUCAAGCAAGGAAAACGAUCAAACAAAAGAUCGGCACAAGAGAUAUGUCGCUUCUAGCAGAGGAAGGAGAUAUUACAACAAAAUCAGUUGAACCUAUAAAGGUCUUCUCUGAGAAAGAUCUGAUAAAGGAAAUAGGAAAAGCAACGUCUACUUUACAGCCAGACAAUGAUUGGUCAAUCCGGAUAACUGCAAUGCAAAGAGUGGAAGGCAUAGUUCUUGGAGGUGCUGCGGAUUAUUCAGCCUUCCCGGUGCUCCUAAGGCAACUUGUGACCCCUCUUAUAAAUCAGCUUCUGGACAGGAGAUCAACUGUUGUAAAACAGGCAUGUCAUCUCCUAAUUUUCCUAUCAAAGGAGCUGUUGCGCGACUUUGAACCAUGUGCUGAGUUGCUUAUUCCGGCCCUUCUUAAGAAUGUUGUGAUCACGGUUCUUGUAAUUGCUGAGUCUGCUGAUAACUGUAUAAAAGAGAUGCUACGAAACUGCAAAGUAGCUCGCAUUCUGCCAAAAAUUAUUGAAUUCGCAAAGAAUGACAGAAGUGCAGUUCUUCGUGGCAGGUGCUGUGAGUAUGCAAUACUGAUGCUAGAGUAUUGGGUUGAUACUCCGGAACUGCAGAAAUCAGCUAAUCUGUAUGAAGACCUCAUAAAGUGUUGCAUAGCAGAUGCAACUAGUGAGGUACGAUCAGGUGCUAGAGCAUGCUACAGGAUAUUCUCCAGGAUUUGGCCUGAACGUUCUCAUCAACUCUUCUCAUCAUUUGAACCAUCGAGGCAGAAAAUGAUAAAUGAUGAUGAUGCUGAGACAAAUCAAAAACAGCUUUCCCAAGUAGAAAGGAUUUCAACUGCAAUGGACAUAGUUGUCAAGGUUGAUUCGACUUCAUUUUCUUCUGAAGACCUGCAAUCAGCACUGAUAAAGUUAUCUCUUCAGCAUGAUGAUAUGACCUCUGAAAGUCCAGCUCAAGAAAGUAAAGAAGGAACUUUAGCUAUUGGAAGUUCAUAUACAAGCACGCCCGGAAAAGAAAUAAUUCUAGAUCGAGACCCUGAUAAAUGUGAUUCAGGUAUCAUUUCAUCAUCCUGUUACUUGCCCUCUGACUCUGCAUUUGAACCAACUCCAGACAUUUUAUUGUCAGAAAUAACUGCUGAAACAACUUUCCAAGACAAAGCUGAGUACAGGCCAAAUGUUGAACAGAUAUCUUCUCGACAAGCUGAAGUAUCAGGAGAUCCUUCUCACCUGCUUAGCAUGUCUCCUUCCAUCAGUUUGGAAUAUUCAGAAAACUUGCUAAACCAAAGCCCUGUUAAAGCAAGCUCAGGUGGAAAGUUAAGGACUCAGAAAUUGGACAGGCACCUUGUUAGUACUCCUCGCAAGGGUGUAGUUCAUAAGGAGCCAAAGAAUAACCACACUCCUAACUUCCGGCGACCUCUCUUGGGUAAGCAGAUCACAAACUGGUUUUAUGCCAGUACAAGAGGUGAUCUAGAUAGUAAACAGCCCGUUUUGGGUGAAAUGGUCAAUAGCAUGGAUGUUCCCUCCUCUCUCACAGGGGCACUUUCUUUGGGUCUUAACCCAAAGUCAGACUGGAUGAUGAGGGUAUAUGCAUUCAAUUUCUUACAGCAGUCUCUGCUAGAACAAGCACCAAAAGGCAUUCAGGAAGUUGCACAGAAUUUUGAGAAGGUUAUGAGGUUUGUUAGUCGUUACUUGGAUGAUCCGCAUCACAAAGUGGCUCAUGCUGCUCUCUCGUCACUUGCUGAGAUCAUGCCGUUCUUCAAGAAGCCAUUCGAGCAGUAUCUGGACCAGACGUUGCCCCAUGUUUUCUCUCGGUUAAAUGAUCCGAAGGAAUCAAUCAAGCAGCAGUGCUUAGCAAUUCUGACACUUGCAGGUGAGAGUUAUUCCAUUGAUUCUCUCUUACCUGCUCUACUUCGUUCACUAGAUGAGCAGAAAUCUCCCAAGUCAAGACUGGCAGUUCUUGAGUUUGCAAAAUCCUCUUUUGCAAAAUGCUCAGUCAAUUCUGAUAUCUAUUCCAGCAGCAGUUUUCUUAAGCUAUGGCUUGGAAAGCUAACCCUUUUGUUUAAGGACAAAAACAGCAAGGUAAAAGAGGCUGCAGUGAUUGGUUUAUCUUCAAUCUAUUCUCACUAUGAUCCUGCAUCCAUGUUAAGCUUUUUAGUUAGCUUGUCAAUGGAUGAACAAAAGCGACUUACACGGGCAAUGAAGCAGUUAAUCCCUAUGAUAGGGAGUGACUUGGAAGAGUUCUUGCAGCAAAAGAGACAGAGACAGAAGGCGCCAUAUUUUGAUCGCUUUGCUGCUACAGAUCCUCAUCCCAGAAGUUAUGCUGGAAAGCAAAAUAAGUCCCAGCAGUAUGAUGCAUAUCAAUCUAACUAUGUUAAAGCUGAUGAUGUAUUCAGCUCAGCAUGUCAGUAUGUCCCAAAUUCUCCUUUGGAAGCCCAGGGUCGCCGUGCUGGGAAGAUUGAACAUGAAUCUUAUGGCCGCAGAGCUGAAAUGGUUAACAAAAGUUCUAGUACUACAAGGCUUAGCAGUGGUAUCCCUCGGAGAUCUGAUUAUAGUAUGCUAUCAGAGAACACAGUUGAGAGUCGAAGCAUUCCCCAGAUGUAUCAUCAGGAUGAGGCGGGUCUUCCUGAGAUGAAUGGUCACCCGGUCUCAAUCAAGAAUUUGUAUCAGAUGUCCUCUUCUCUACUUGAAAUGCUUGAUGAUCCAAAUGAAUCCACCAGAGAGCUUGCACUUUCUCUAUUGGUUGGAAUUCUCGAAAAGCAAGAAAAAGCAUUGGAGAACUGUAUCGAGACUCUUGUAGUUAAAUUGCUGCAUGCAACCAAAGAUGCUUCCUUGAAGGUUGUAAAUCAGGCCCAUGUCUGCCUGACAACCGUGGUUACUCAAUUUGAUCCAUUGAGAUGCUUCCGGGCAAUUGCUUCUCAGUUGGUCUCCCAUGAUGAGAAAAUUCUUAUUGUCAGCAUCAAUAGUUUGAGCAAGCUUCUGAUCCGAUUGUCACAGAACGAACUGAUGACUCAUCUGUCAACAUUUCUUCCGGCGCUUUUGGAUGCCUUAGAAAACCAGAGUCCAUAUGUUCGCAAGGCUAUCUUGCUGUGCGUGGUGGACGUGUAUGUGAAGCUGGGUCCGGCGCUGCUGCCGCACCUGGAGGAGCUGGACGGCGCGCAGCUGCAGCUGGUCGUCACCACGGCCCACUCCAGGAGGCGUGCCAUCGCCGCCGGCAAGGACUAGUAGCGGCAGGGAAGAAGGUGCAUGCCGAUGGUUGGUUCAAGACGAUCGAUGCAGGAGGCAAGGGCACCAUUCAUGCAUACAUUAACCUGUAUUUAUGCCCAUGUGUGCACGGGCAGGGCAAAUCUUAAUUAUGAGACGAGUUGAUGAGGAGAGAUCGUGUGGUGCACUGCAGUGAUCACCGCUAAUGGUAGUACAAUACUGCGAUCGACGACGAUGUAUGUAGACAGCCAGGCGGUGCAGGGUACUGGAUCCAGUGUACAUAUAGUACGUCUGUGUGUACCUUGCUUGCUUAGUUCGUACUAGUAGUAUUUUGAUUAAGGGAGAACAAUAAAGGAUGUGUGUAAUUAUCUGUGAAGUUUCCAACCUGUCCGAUGGAAUACAGUAACAGAUCAUCACUGUACUAUUGUGGACGAGCCCAUGUACAUAA